GCCAGUUGGCAAGAAGACAGUCAGCUUUGCUGCUAAGAGGAGUAUAAAGAGGGCUUGGUCCAAGCAAGAAAGCAGUGGUCUACUCCAUCGGCAACAUGCUGCGCUUCCUGGUGUUCGCAACCCUGGUCCUUUAUGGACACAGCACCCAGGACUUUCCGGAAACCAAUGCCCGCGUAGUCGGAGGGACUGAGGCCGGGAGGAAUUCCUGGCCCUCUCAGAUUUCCCUCCAGUACCGGUCUGGAGGUUCCUGGUAUCACACCUGUGGAGGGACCCUCAUCAGACAGAACUGGGUGAUGACAGCUGCUCACUGCGUGGAUUACCAGAAGACUUUCCGCAUGGUGGCUGGAGACCAUAACCUGAGCCAGAAUGAUGGCACUGAGCAGUACGUGAGUGUGCAGAAGAUCGUGGUGCAUCCAUACUGGAACAGCGAUAACGUGGCUGCCGGCUAUGACAUCGCCCUGCUGCGCCUGGCCCAGAGCGUUACCCUCAAUAGCUAUGUCCAGCUGGGUGUUCUGCCCCAGGAGGGAGCCAUCCUGGCUAACAACAGUCCCUGCUACAUCACAGGCUGGGGCAAGACCAAGACCAAUGGGCAGCUGGCCCAGACCCUGCAGCAGGCUUACCUGCCCUCUGUGGACUACGCCAUCUGCUCCAGCUCCUCCUACUGGGGCUCCACUGUGAAGAACACCAUGGUGUGUGCUGGUGGAGAUGGAGUUCGCUCUGGAUGCCAGGGUGACUCUGGGGGCCCCCUCCAUUGCUUGGUGAAUGGCAAGUAUUCUGUCCAUGGAGUGACCAGCUUUGUGUCCAGCCAGGGCUGUAGUGUCUCCAGGAAGCUUACAGUCUUCACCCGGGUCUCUGCUUACAUCUCCUGGAUAAAUAAUGUCAUCGCCUCCAACUGAACAUUUUCCUGAGUCCAACGACCUUCCCAAAAUGGUUCUUAGAUCUGCAACAGGACUUGUGAUCAAAAAGUAAAACACAUUCUAAAAGACUAUUGAGCCAUUGAUAGAAAAGCAAAUAAAACUAGAUAUACAUUA